GGCCUAGCGCAACAGAGCAUGGAUCUCUGAUGGGGGUCCCUAUAAGCAACCUCAACACAAAGGAAGAAUGAUUAACCCUGAGGCUCUGACGCCUUCUCUGCUGGACUGUUCAUUGCACCAGUGCGGCCCCAUUGAGAGAGCUGCACCCUGUGCGAACCCUCGGUAUGGGGCUGGUACUAGAACAAGGUGUCAUGUGUCCCCCACUCGCUGACCUCCCCAAUACUCCACCUCAUGCCUCCGGGUGGCUGCAAAGCCUCCUCUUGCGUCUGGGACGUUCUGCAGAUCGGAGGAUCCAGGCUCAAAGCCCAGAGGAUGCUGCUGCCGAAGGGACCCGGUGGAGGGAGAGCUGGGAGGAACUUCUCAAGCUGAACUGCGAGGAUGCUGCAUGCUCCUCGGGAACAGAAUGCAGACAAGCUGAAGGAGUUCUGUGGCAAAGUCAAGAUGAGCAGGCAAGUGCUGGGAACUGGCAGGCGACACCACCGCUCCCGGGUGCCGGUGCUCCAGCCCCAGACAGAAGUGGAAUCACCUUCAGGACAGGAGAACACUCGAGAGGUUGAGUGAGUGGGCCAUGGUGCUCUCGCCCCAGCUGUAAGUGGAUCCCACAGUGCAUUGGAACCGAAGCCUCAAGUCAUUCCUGAGAGGGUCCAGAACCGGCCUCCCAGGGCAGGAGCUGGAGCAGGGGGGAACUGGGAGCAGCUGCCUCGGAGUCUCCAGGAGCCGGGGUUUGUUCAGUCCAGGAGGAUCACUGGAAGGCAGCCUUGAGAUGGUGGUCCUCGAUUCUCAGCUGCCAGUUCUGGUUUCUGAUCCGGAGAUGGAGGCCAAGGCAAGUGAAUCACCAUGUGCGGAACUGCCACUUGCUGCUUUGGCCCUGCCUUGGCCUGAGACGGGAUCACCUCCAGUUGGAGAGCCUUCCCAGGAGGCAGAGUUCCUGUGUGAGCAGGUGCCGACCCAAGAGGAACAGGCUGAGAUGGACAAAGAGGAGGAACCGGAAUCAGAACCAAAGCCCAAAUCCAGCAGCAGAGCAAUGAAAGCAGCAAUUGGAGCAGGUGUCGGAAUAGGAAUUGCAGUCAUUGGAGCCCCACUAGCAAUCUGGGGAGCAGGCUUUACUGGAGCAGGCAUUGCAGCUGGAUCGAUGGCUGCCAAGAUGAUGUCAACAGCUGCUAUAGCCAAUGGAGGAGGAGUAGCCGCUGGCAGUCUUGUGGCAACACUGCAAUCAGUGGGUGCUGUAGGACUCUCGCUAGGAGCUAAAGUUGGGCUGGGCACUGCACUGGGAUCUGUAGGUGCAGCUGUUGGCUCCUGGUUCUCUGAGAAUAACUGAAAGCUGUGCAAGCCCUGCUGGCAUGAGAAGUAAACACUGACCAGUCCUGGAAACCCUUAAACUGCAAAGCAGGACCAAAGUAGCAAGCUACGUGAUAUGGGUCGGCGAUUACUUUGUUGUUGCCUGGGAAAAGCUACUGCAAAUGUGUUGCUUGUUCUGCCUUCUCUUUAACAGGUGUUGAGCUGCUCUGAUUAUGGUGGGGGUGGGCAUGUGAAAACAAUAAAGCUGGUUUUAAAUGGACAAACUUGUUAGUUUGAAAUUGAUGUGGGGAGAGUCAAAGCCCUAGGGAGUGUUGGAGGUUCUUAUAAGCAUCUCCCUUGGAGAGGCUUUGGAGU